CUCAAUAUAUGACUUUAUAGCCCAUUUUAUCUGCAGGCUUACGCCUUCCUGCCGCGUAGUUUCUUAGCUCUCUCAGCCCAGCCACUCAACUGCGUACCCGCAACUCCGCUGUCCGCAGCAAAUCAACCAGAUGCGGUACCAGCAUGCUUGUUGGGGUCCACGAUGCAGGUUGCCUAAAACGACCCUACAGUCGCGAGAGGGGGCUGUCGCAAGGUGAGCACUACGAUCCCGCUUGCUACUUGGGGACCAUGCCUCGCAAAGGUGUUCGUAAUGCUACGUCGAAAAUCGAUAAUUCGCAACAUUUCGAGGUACAAAUGUCUUCAGUAUUGUUAGGGUAACCGCCCACGAGAUAGGAGUAUAAGAUUAAGUGAACAGACUCUCUUUUAAUUCCUUCUAUCAUUCAGAAUCAUAUUCAUCGCUUCAUCGACAUCGUUAUAUCAUCGCUCCUCCCACAUUUCAUUCUCAUUUCCUCAAUCCCCCAGCUGUACAUCGUUUAUCAAUCAAGAUGGGCCCGAGUCAAAAAGUCAUCGCCAUCAUAGAACUCUGCGUCUAUGUCCCUAUAUUCUUCCUCGCCGCCUUUGUCGUUUUCCGCCAUGGCUUCCGCAGACAGCUUGGAUGGAUCUACCUGGUGAUAUUCUGCGGCGUCCGAUGCGCAGGUGCCGGCUUCAGAAUCGCAAGUGAGGCGAACCCCAACAAUGAGACGGAUCAGGAGUGGUCGGCUAUUCUCCAAUCCGUUGGUCUCAGUCCGUUACUUAUGGCCACACUGGGUCUCCUGAAGAGAAUAACCGAUGAAGUCUCCCUCACCAUACCGUCCAAUUCGUCAUCAGGGUACAUGAACAGUCUGGCCAGUGUUGGUGCUAUUGGAAAAGUGAGCGGUAUCAUUACCAAACGCGCUACCGCCAUUUCCCGCCGAAGCCGUAUCAUUCAAAUCGCACAAUUGCCCACAACAAUCGCUCUUAUCCUCUGUAUCGUCGGCGGCACAGACGAGGCCUCAUCUGACCCGUCAAGCCGCAGCGACGGUCCCAAAUACUUCAAGAUCGGCAUUGCGAUAUUUAUUAUUGUCUACUUGCUUCUGGUGUUCUUGACCCUCAUCACCGCUCGGGAUGUGCAUAGAGCACCAGCUGGGGAGCGCCGUGUCUACAUUGCUGUUGCUGUUGCGCUCCCUUUCAUAGCAGUGAGGCUACUUUGGAGUAUUCUGUCUGUCUUUACGACGUUCAAGUCUUUCUCUGCAGUUGGGGGAAAUACUGUCGUUGAGCUCUGUAUGGCUCUCGUUGAGGAGUUUGUCGUGGUGGUAAUGUAUACUAUUGUUGGGCUCACUAUCUCGAAAUGAGAGGGAUACUAUGGAGGUUGUGCUUCUGCGGAAGAUGAGGAAAUUGUUACUCCUCGCCACAAAAUAAAUGUUAGCUGUAGACUUAGCUAGACAGGGUUGAUUUCCUUUAGGUUCAUGGCGCUUUGGACGGGAUUAGCAUUAAGGUAUAAACUUAAUAUACGCUUAUAGAUUUCAAU